AUGACUGCAGACACUGCAGCAACGUCAGUGACACCAGCGGCAUGGCAUGUGCCAGAGCUGGGCUUUCAAGAGGCAAGGCACCUGGAGUCAGUGCGCGACCAUGUGCAGGCCUACAAAGAGCUGGUCUUGCAGAAAUUCGGCGGACCAGCUCAGCACCUGCGAGCUGUGCUUUGCAGCACCGAGCAGCAGACGAACUUCGCGGACUGGCUCUGCCUGACAUUCCCGCUGCUUGCUGACACCAAAUACCACUUGGAGAAGAGCAUGCCUGCAGUGCUGGCUGCAGACCUUGGCGCUGCUAGGCCCUUGGUGGUGCACGUCUGCCAGCUUGGCUUUGCUAAGGAGGCCUCGGUGAAGCCGAACCCAUCAUCCCACUCUGCCUCUCUGAUUGUGGAGCACUUCCUGACCCAAGGCUUCUUGAGUGGCGAAGAACCACUUCAG